GAAGAAAAAGGGAAACUGAAAACCAUCUGCUCGUUGUUUCGGCCUUCGCAGGCGAAAACAGAGAGGAGAGGAGGGUUCGACCGAGAAAGCGAGCUCGGCUCGCCGCAGCUGUCAACCGUCGUUAUCAGGGGUGAGAGGAAAGGAUAGAGGGCGCUAGAGGCUCGCCGUUGGAGCUCUGUCACCUUUCGCCCCCGUGGCGCCCUUUCCCCGGCGGGAAGAAAAAGGAUAUCUGGAUUUGCUUCUUCCCCAAUUCAGACAAAACCGAACCCUAGGAUGUCUGUAGCCUGUGCUGUAGCCUCCUUACCUCUGGUAACCCCAGCAAAUUUCGAGGGUCUAUGGAAUGGCCUAAACAAGCAAAAAGAUAAGCCAGUCAGGACCUUUGUGCACUUUCAACCUUUGAAAGCAAGGAGGCAUCAUAAACUUGUGGUUUCUAGACCAGCGAGGCUUUCCACACAAUUAUCCUCCAAUCCCAAGAGAACCCUGUCUCCUGUUAUUGUGUGCUCUAUUGCUCUGAAUGCAAGGUGCUCCGCUUCCGGACAAACUCAAACUGUUCUCAAGCAGUCACCGACCAUUACCCAGGCCCCUGUACGAGAACCAACUAAGACGCCGGAGAUUGAUGAUGGAGGGCCUGGACUCCCACCGGGCGAUGACGGGGGAGGUGGCGGCGGAGGUGGUGGUGGAGGGAACUGGUCUGGCGGCUUCUUCCUGUUUGGCUUUCUUGCCUUCCUGGGAUUUCUGAAAGACAAGGAGGGUGAAGAUGAGUAUGGGGAAGGUAGGAGAAGGUGAAACUAGUCCCCCAGUGUAAUCGUAAAUGUAAUUCUUUUAAGAAACUUCAUCCAGUCAAAAAGUAAUAUUUAUAUUCGACUUUGUAUUGGUCCACCUCAUCAAAUUAGUAGCCAGUUCCCUCUACUUCUUCCUUAUAAUAAUUUCACCUUGUUGUCAAUUGUUUAUCCUUCCCCAAAUAAAUUGAGGAUCGUUCUGGUUGGUUAUAGUAAAAAAUUUUCACCAAUGAUGGAUUUUCAU